UUGCUGUGCUUUGUUUUGGUUUUCUCCCGGAGCUCAGCUCCGUGCGUAUUUUGAAAAAUGUACAAAUUCGAAGCUGAAGAGGAAUUCUCAUCAGAAGUGAGCCUUGAAGAUUGUGCUGUUCAGGAAUGUGGGGAAAGCAAAAAUUCUUCAGCAUCGGAAUUUGUUCAAGGCACCUCUUCAUUAGUAUCCAAUGAGGACUCUGGAAGUUCUGGCAUCAGCAACAACUACAAGAAUGACGACUACGCUGCAACAUUCUUCAUUUUGGUGGAGAAGAGAGUGGGCCAAAUUCCAGAAUACCUCAAGAAUAUGGUAUUCAUAAAUGGAUUUGCCGCUCCAAAACUAUUUGAAAAUCUCUCUGAUUCAGAUCUGGCAUCGAUGGAGAACUUUGUGAAGUCUGUGAUGCCGAGAAUUUGUCCUCUGACGCCAGAGUACUUCUCUGUUUUCUGUCAGAAUGUGGAAGAGUUCAAGAUUACACAGGGACACAGGAAUCUUCUGUUGAGCGCCGUGGAGAAAGUGAAGUGUGAAUCUGAUGCGCUUCAUAAGGAACUCUUGAAAGAAAUGCUGAAGAAGAGGCAGAAGACUGAAGCUCGCGAGUCUUGCAGGUUGAAGACCGCGACAGGAAAUGGUCAGGAGAUGGAGAUGGCGAGCAAGAUAGAGAAUAAAAUUAGAAUACUUACCAGGCAGUGGUGCGAGAAGGCAGAUCUGGGAAAUUUCGACAAGAAGCUAAUUGAUCCGAAUAAGAUCAGGGUAAAACUGGUGAAUAGUGGCCAGGAUCUGUUUGCAGAAGUUGUUUGUCCAAUUUGUAGACACCAUAUCAAAAUCGGUAUCUGGACGAACAAGCAAAAGAAGAAUCCGAGAUUGAUUCUGUCCAACUUCAAUUCUCACAUCCGAAUGCACGCCAAGAAGGAGAACCAGAAGAGAGUCUCCAGCACAACAACAAACUCUACAGAGACUGCUGAAGAUGAGAGUGUGAGUGAUGAGCCAUUGGCAAAGAGAACCAGGCGAUCUAGCAAUCGCCUUGAAGUCCCAAGAUCUUCAGUGAGUAGCCAGCAAACCAUGCAAGAAAUGCCCAAGACUCUCAGUCAAGUGUACAAUGGCGAACUCAUCGAGUCCAUCAGUGACUUCUGGAUGAAUCUUGAGAUGGAGUUCAGCGAUGGAGAGGAAAUUGUGCCGCGCUACCUCCAAAACUUCCUUCAUCUGAUGGGAUUCGGUACCAGAAAAGCGCUUUCGUUGCUUCGAGAGGACGAUUUCGACAUCCUCGAGCGAUACGGGCGGCAGAAGAUGAAGGUGUGGACAGACGAGUCGGAGAGUAUUGAGUUCUUCCUGGGUCCCUUCGCCACAGUCACGGAUGAAUUUGAGAUUGCGCUAGGACACAAGAGGCAACUCAUAGAGCUGAAGGACAGUCUGGUCCGACAGAUGGAGAGGAAGAAGUUUGUUAAGGAUCCAAUAGCUGAAAAGGAGGAAUCGGGGGAAUCGUCACAUUUCACGCAGGUUCUGCUGAAGGAGUACAAAUCUGAAGAUAUUGACAACUUCUACAACUACGAAUAAGAUCUUCUGGCUUCCAUUA